CAUAGCUGAGCACCUUUAUUUCGAAGUCUAUACCAAGAAAUUCAUUCAAGGUGGCGGACGAACGAUCUCUGCCCCGGCCUCGGCUUGAGUGCCAAGCUUUUAUCACGCGUCCCACAGCCAACGCGCUGCGCGUUAACCCCUCCGGCUUUUUGAUCCUUCAUGACUUUGCUCUUCAGCGAAUACCCCAGUUUUUUUUUCUUCCUUUCUCGAAUAACCUCUUAAAUACAGAAUCACCAUGACGAAAACGACCACCCCAGUUCACGAGGAGUACCAGUACCUCGAUCUCGUCCGCGAGAUUCUGGAAACAGGCGAGCGGCGACCUGACCGAACAGGCACCGGUACGAUAUCGAUCUUCGCCCCUCGCCCCCUCAAAUUCAAGCUUAACGAAAAUGGCUCCCCAAUCCUCCCCCUCCUCACCACAAAACGCGUCUUCACCCGCGCCGUCAUCGCCGAACUACUUUGGUUUAUCCAGGGCAAUACAUCAUCACAUGCCCUAAGCGAGGCCGGCGUCAAGAUCUGGGACGGCAAUGGCUCGCGCGAGUUCCUCGACCGCGUCGGUCUGUCACACCGUGAAGAGGGCGAUCUCGGCCCUGUCUACGGCUUCCAGUGGCGACACUUUGGCGCCGACUACGUGGACGCCAAAACCGAUUAUACUGGCAAGGGUGUUGACCAGCUGGCACAUAUUAUUCACAAGCUUCGCACGGAUCCGUAUGAUCGGCGGAUGAUUCUGUCUGCCUGGAACCCGAAAGACAUUCCCAGCAUGGCCCUUCCGCCUUGCCACAUGUUUGCGCAGUUUUACGUCUCGUACCCGCAAGGUCAGACAGGCGAGGGUUCGACGGAUGAGAAGCCCAAGGGACACCUUCACUGUCAACUGUAUCAACGUUCGUGCGAUAUGGGUCUCGGAGUUCCGUUCAACAUUGCAAGCUAUGCCCUGCUUACACAUAUGAUUGCGCACGUUUGCGAGCUGGUCCCUGGGAGCCUUACCCACGUCAUGGGGGACGCACACGUCUAUCUUGACCAUGUUGAUGCGCUGAAGACACAAUUAGAGCGGGAGCCGCGGCCUUUCCCGGAGCUUGAAAUUUGCAGAGAGAAGGGUGGGAGUAUCGACGGCUGGGAACUUGGCGACUUUGUGAUCAAGGGCUAUGAUCCGCAUAAGUCCAUUGCGAUGAAGAUGUCCGUUUAGACGUAUAGAGUGAGGAUCCGGUAUCCUUUGGCCGACGGACAGGCGGGAAUAAACAUGAGACAUGGACGGGUUACAGAGGCAUAGAAAUAAAUAUCGUUUCACCUACAUCUUGGAACUUUCAUUGGCGGAUUCCUUCCCUACAAUGUUGCACUAACUCCGAGAUUAGAUCCUAUUUCACCGAAAGCCAUGAACGCAACGCUGGAGGCCCACCGACCCCUUUGCAAACAGCUCCUCUCCAUGCCCCGUCAGAUAUUAAACGCCACUUUUGCGCCCUUUUGCCAAAGAUGCAGCUUUUUGCAGUGGCUUUGCUGCUCGUCUAUAGUAUCCGAGUC